AUGCUUGCUGACGGAAGUGUAGUAGAUGCAGAUGUUGCGAUAGUUGAAGCUGACACACCAUAUUUUACUGGAACAAUUGAAGUCUCAUGCUUCGAAACACCGAUGUUUGAUCUGAUUCUUGGGAAUUUUGAUGGUGUUCGGAAACCAGACAACCCGGAUAUUCAUUGGAUGAAAACUUCUAAACCUUCAUUUGCUGUUGAGACACGCAGUCAACUUAAGAAGAAGCAGUUACCCUAUAAACCAUUGAGGGUUCCUGAAACUCUACAAGAUGUAUCACGUGAUGAGAUGUUAAGUGAACAGACGAAAGACGAUUCGUUAAGCAAGAGUUGGGACAUUGCUAAGCAAGGGACAGUAAAGGAGCUCGGUGAUGGAGGUUCAACCAGGAUGUUUAUACGGAAGCAAUUACUCUACAGAGAAUUCAGUAGUCCAAAGGUGUCAAAUGGAAAGACGUAUCGACAGUUGAUGGUUCCGAAGAAGUAUAGACCAAUGGUUAUGAAGAUGGCUCAUGAAUGUCUUAUGGCAGGACAUUUGGGUGUUAAGAAGACUACAGAUAGAAUACUAGCAGAAUUCUUUUGGCCAGGAGUACAAGCAGAUGUCAAGCGAUUUUGUCGUUCGUGUGACGUAUGCCAACGAACAAUACCUAAGGGAAGAGUACCUGCAGUUCCUCUUGGACAAAUGCCCAUGAUAUCAGAACCAUUUCAACGCAUAGCUGUGGAUAUUGUUGGUCCGCUUCAGCCAGUCACAGACAGAGGAAAUCGAUAUAUCCUCACUAUUAUAGACUAUGCGACCAGGUAUCCAGAAGCUGUGGCACUUAAAGGAAUCGAAACGGAACGAGUUGCAGAGGCGCUUGUAGACGUUUUCAGCAGAGUUGGUGUUCCUUCAGAAAUGCUUACAGACCAAGGAUCGCAGUUUACAUCUGAGGUUAUGAAGGAAGUAAGCAGAUUGCUGUCACUCAAACGCCUAACUACAACGCCGUAUCACCCGAUGUGCAACGGCCUUGUUGAAAAAUUCAACGGUACGUUAAAGCAGAUGUUGAAGCGCAUGUGUGCUGAACGCCCGAGAGACUGGGAUAAGUACCUCAACGCACUUCUCUUCGCUUAUCGAGAGAUACCUCAAGAGAGCCUUGGAUUUUCACCCUUUGAGCUACUCUAUGGUCGAUCAGUGCGUGGUCCGAUGAUGAUACUCAAGGAGUUGUGGACCAAGGACAUACCAGACAGUGAGGUGAAGACUACUUACCAAUAUAUACUAGACUUAAAGGAGAAACUUGAAGAGACAUGUAAGAUUGCUCAUCAACAAUUGGAAAAAGCAAGGAAGCAUCAGAGAAAGCAUUACAAUAAGAGAACAAGGGAUCGAAGGAUGAAAGUUGGUGACCAAGUACUUGUUCUACUUCCGACAAAGUCAAAUAAACUCUUGAUGCAGUGGCGAGGACCAUAUAAAGUUGUGCAGAAAGUUGGCGAUAUGGAUUACAAAGUUGAGAUGGGAAGUAAAGUAAAGACACUUCACGCGAAUUUGUUGAAACAGUACAUUCCUCGUGAGGAAAUACACUGUGGAGUUCUUACAACUUGCGCCAUAUCACUUAUUGACUUCAGUGAAGAGGGAACACUUGAUGAGCAGAAUUCAAUGAUGUUACCAACAGAUACUCAGACAGAAACAGUGUCAGAUGUACGUUUCAAUGAGGGACUGGAAGCUGAUAAACUAGAAUCGGUGAAAUCUUUGUGCGAGUCGUAUGCUGAUGUUCUCACUGACGUUCCAGGAAUGACUACACUAGUUAAGCAUAAGAUUGAACUGACAUCAUCAAAUCCAAUACGGGUGAAGCAGUAUCCUAUUCCUUUCAAUACCGAGGGUGUCAUAAAGGAAGAAGUGGAGAAGAUGUUACAGUUGAAUGUUAUAGAACCAUCUGUCUCACCAUAUUCAUCACCGGUAGUCAUAGCUAGGAAAAAGGACGGAACAAACAGAUUCUGCAUAGACUUUCGUAGACUAAACUCUAUUACAGUCUUUGACGCCGAGCCUAUGCCGAACACAGAGAGUAUAUUUUCAAAGAUGACAGGGAAGAAGUUUGUUUCGAAAUUGGAUUUGAGUAAAGGGUACUGGCAAGUUCCUAUGGAAGAAGAUAGUAAAGCUCUCACAGCCUUUUCAACAUCGUCUGGUUUGUAUCAAUUUCGUACUAUGCCAUUCGGAUUAGUGAAUGCGCCGGCGACGUUUAGCCGACUGAUGAGGAAACUUCUACACGGCAUGGUGGGGGUUGACAACUUCAUAGACGAUAUCAUCGUAUACUCAGAUACUUGGGAGGAACAUCUGAUGGCACUGAGAGAGUUAUUCACCAGACUUAGGAAAGCAGGACUUACAGCGCGACCGUCUAAGUGUUUCAUAGGAUAUGAUCAGAUAGACUGUUUAGGACACAUAGUAGGUGACCAGAGACUAAAACCAGAUUUAAACAAGAUAGAAGCUAUUCGAAAUGCUCCAGUACCCAUGACAAAGAAGCAGGUUAGAUCGUUCUUGGGGUUGGCAGGAUUCUACAGAAGAUUCAUACCAAAUUUUUCAGCGAUUGCCGUCCCACUGUCAGAUUUGACAAAGAAAGGACAACCCAACAAAGUAGUUUGGACAGACAUUCAGCAACGUUCAUUCGAUACACUGAAAAAGAUGUUAUCCUCAGAACCAAUUCUGAAACUUCCAGACUUCAGUGAAGUAUUUAUCUUACGAACAGAUGCUGCAGAUGACGGACUAGGAGCAGUUCUUUUGCAGGAAGAACAUGGAGAGAAGCUUCCAGUAGCUUACGCAAGCAGAAAACUGCAACCCAGAGAGAGAUCAUACGCUGUUAUAGAGAAGGAAUGCUUAGCAGUAGUAUGGGGAAUUCAGAAGUUCCAUCAAUAUCUUUAUGGACGUGAGUUUGUAUUGGAGACUGACCAUCAGCCAUUAACAUACCUUAACAAGUCCAAAACAGAGAACUCGAGGUUAAUGCGCUGGGCUCUACAAUUACAACCUUAUCGGUUCCGGAUAGAAGCUAUAAAGGGAGGCCAAAACGUCGGCGCAGAUUACCUUAGUCGCCAAUAA